AAAAUGGACACCGAAAAGAAAAGUGAGGAGGUCACAGUUGAUGAUAUCUUAUCAAUUCUGGGACCGUUCGGAAAGUUUAACAUAUACAAUUUCAUAUUGAUAUUGUUUCCUGUAUUCUUGGCGGGAAUGUAUUCGUCUGUGUACAAUUUUGAAAGCAUGGAUUUGGAUUAUAGAUGCGCAGUACCGGAAUGUAGUAACGAUCCAUUAUCGAUUAACUUCACGAUACCACACGACACCGACGGCACCCCCUACAAGUGCAUUCGAUAUGCAAUGUUUACCAACACUAGUUAUGCAAACGACACCUGCUCUCCAGAUUACUUCGACUCUUCAAACGAGGUCCUAUGUGACUCGUAUGUCUAUCUUGAAGACCAUUCUAUUGUUAAAGAGUUUGACCUCGCCUGUCAGGACUGGAAGCGCUCUCUCGUUGGUACCGUCCAUAAUGCAGGCUUCUUCGUCGCCAUUCCUCUCGCUGGACUGCUAUCAGACAAGUAUGGACGUCGGCUUGCCGUCGUCUUCGCGGCUGUCACCUCUGGAAUCUUCGGGGUGAUCAGAGCACUGGCAGUCAACUACGAGAUGUUUGUUGUCUUCGAAUUCUUGGAGCCGGCUUUUGGUGGUGGCGUGUACACUGCCAGUUUUGUGCUCGCUUUGGAGUUGGUCGGCCCAAAAGGCAGAGUUUUCGUCAGUUUGCUAUUCAACACUAUGUUUAUACUUGGCGGUGUAUCCGUCACACUCCUUUACUGGUGGCUGCAGAACUGGAGAUACCUCUUAUUUAUAAUCUACACGCCAGCUGUCUUCGUCAUCAUUUACAUGUGGACCUUAACUGAAAGCUUCCGUUGGUUCUUCAGCAAGGGCAGAUACGAAGAAGCACUCAACGUUCUCAGUAGAUCAGAGAAAAUAAACAAUGCUUAUAUUUCCAAAGAUCAUUACGACCAAGUUGAGAAGCACGCCACGCAGCAGAGAGACGCCAGAAAAUGCGAGUCUUUAGAAACCAAUCAGUCAUCUUUUAAACAAGUGCUAACCUCUGCUAUGAUUUGGAAAAGACUCUUUAUAUGUUCAUUCUUGUGGAUAUCCUCAACACUAGUGUAUUAUGGGUUGUCUAUAAACGCUAUAGAAUUGUCUGGAAAUAGUUAUUUAAAUUAUAUAGUGAUUCUAGUGAUAGAGGCUCCGGCGAAUGUUUGCAAGCUGAUAUUUUUGGACAGAUACGGCAGAAAACGAGUUAUAGCUACAGCGUUUUUGUUAACUGCCCUAAUUUUGGUCUCCUACGGAUUUGUACCAGUUGGCACGUGGUCGCUGAUCGUGUAUUUAGGCGGGAAAUUCUUCAUAACCUUAGCAUAUAACUCUUUAUAUGUGUUCGCCGCUGAAGUCUUCCCAACAAACUACAGAACUACACUGCUGGCAAUGUGUUCCACAAUUGGCAGGAUAGGAUCUACUGUCGCCCCACAGACUCCUCUAUUGGCGAGAUUCUACGACUACCUGCCAACCAUUCUGUUCGGGGUGAUGGCUGGUCUAUCGGCCUUCCUUGUACUAACUCUACCCGAAACCAACAAUAUGAAACUACCAGACUCUUUAAAAGAAGCUCAAGAUCAAGAGAAGACAGCUCAAAAUAAUGAAGCCAAAAAUACAGAAACUAAAACUAGCCUAUAAUAUAUAUGUUCAAUACAUAUAUUAUAUAGUUAAUGUCCAACACAGUGCACUGAAAGAAAGAAAUGCUCAGUAAAAAUGGAGUCACCAAUAAAUUAGAAUUAAAUACUUAAUAACUUUCUGGUUCAUUCCGAGAUAGAUAAAACCGUGUCUAUUACAGUAAUAUUGUAACUGGUUACUUAUCGAAUUAUCCGUAAGCAACACUUAUUUAUCGACACGUCAGUCGUAAUAUGUAAUGCAUAUUGUCGCAUUUAAGACUUCUAUAAUU